CUCGUCAUUCAUUUCCGAAUCCCAGAAGAUUCCGCCAGCAUUUUAAUGCUUGGGUUAAUAUUACUGGUGAUUUUGGCAUGAGUAGUGAAGAGAUUUUUAAAAAGAAGAAAGUUUGUGAUGCCCAUUUUACAGAAAGAGAUCGCAAUCGCAACCAUCGAUUAAAUAAUUUAGCUAUUCCAUCUCUUCACUUGAAUGGCUUUCACGGAAAGCUUACUAUUGCUACAAGUGCAACUGUCGCUCAGAAACCGGAAAUGGAUACCCAAUAUGUUGCAGGUUUGAACAACCAACGUGACCACAGUAAAGCUACUUGUAGCCGCACCGGCACUGUUGAGAAGAUGCACAUUGGAUGUUCUUCUAUAAUAGCUCACAAUGCUAUAGCACCUGCAUUUACAGCAACAGAUCGGACAGAAAGUCAAGUCCAGAAAAUGGUACCAACAGGUUUGAACAACCAACGUGACCACAGUAAAGCUACUUGUAGCCGCACCGGCACUGUUGAGAAGAUGCACAUUGGAUGUUCUUCUAUAAUAGCUCACAAUGCUAUAGCACCUGCAUUUACAGCAACAGAUCGGACAGAAAGUCAAGUCCAGAAAAUGGUACCAACAGGUUGCUGUUCAGAGCAUUUUCCUGUCACAGUGGACCAUAAUUACUGUAAGAAAGCUGAAAAAGCGAAAACUUCAGCUCAGCCGUCUUCUGUCAAUGCCAAUAAGUACAGGACAUACCAGAAAAAAAUCACGAAUUUAAGAAGAGAUAUUUAUCGGCUACGAAAAAGUGGCCAAUCCUUCAAGGCUCGGCUUGCACAAGCUGAAAAGCUGUAUAGAAAAAGCAGUUAUAAAAAAUUAAUCAAAGACAUGACACCACAGGCAAAAUUGUUUACCUCCAUGCAGUUGCAAACAAAAAAAAAACAGAAGGGACGACGUUUUCGCCUAGAAGAGAAAGUUUUAUCUUUAUCUUUAUUUAAGAGAAGUCCGAAAUGUUACGCUUUAGGGCCGAUUUUUCAAUGCUCAGAUAGACAACCAGAUAGCGUUUAUUCGACAGAUAGCGAAAUAUUGAAUUUUUCAACCGUCAGAUAGAACUUAUUCGUCCAAUAACUCAGUUAACUGGAGAAUAAAUCUAUCUGCUGCUUGAGACGCCAGAUAGUG